AAACCACGUUGAUUAUUUUUGCGCGCAGACGACCUGCGAUGUGUUUUCUUCUCCGCUGGCUCAAGCACCGAGAAGUUCGUUUGCACGUCUCGAUGCCGUAGCUCGUGGGCAGCGAGCUCACGGGCGAGAAGAUGGCCGCAUGGCCGAGCCGGACGUUACUUCUUGCAUCUUCUAGCUGAAGACUAGAGGAAAUGAUGCUUGUUCAACUGGUUGAUUUAUGAUUAAAAAGUCUUUCUUUCAUGGCGUCCUUAGCCACACCAAUCGAACCAGUUGCUGUCUCCUUGAGUCGCAGAUCCUUUCCAGGUCUUCUUUUUCACCUGCUCGGAUCCUCGAUAUGUCGUGUACAUGGGGAAAGACAAGUACGAGAACGAAGAGUUGCUGAAGUAUGGAUUUCCCGAGGACAUUUGGUUUCAUGUGGACAAGCUCUCUUCAGCUCACGUGUAUCUUCGACUGCCACCUGGAAGUGUGGACUUGGCUGGAGUCAAAGACAAGGCAGAGGCGAAGCAAAGGCUGUUGGAUGCGAUCGCCUCAGUCCCGGAAGAGAUCCUAGCGGAAAUGGCACAACUCACAAAGGAGAACUCCAUCGAAGGGUGCAAGGCGGCGCAGUGCGACAUCGUUUACACACCUUUUCUGAACCUGAAGAAAGAAGAUCAUAUGGAAGUUGGCCAGGUGGGCUUCAAGGAGGAGUCAUUCCGAACCUUGAUGAGGAACGUGGCCAAGGACAAAGAUGUGGUCAAGAAGCUGGAGAAGACACGGGUUGAGAAGCAGGUUGACCUGGCUAAGGAAAAGGAGCAACGAGAUAACGAAGAGCGGGCGAGGAGAAGAAAGAUCAUUGAGGAACGAAAGAAGGCAGAAAAAGAAGAGGCCAAACGCCAUGCUGAAGAGAAGGAGUUGCAGUCGUACGCUGCACUCCAGCACCUUGAAAAGACCACGAACGCGGGUGUGUCAAAGACUGGAUCCAUUGAGGAGUGCAGGCAGAUCGAAGAAGACUUCAUGUAGAUUGCUGCUAAGCCACUCCAAAUAAUCAAUCUCCACAUUCGGCUGGUGCAGAGAGCCUUCCUCGCAAAGCCGAGAGCUUGCCGUGCACACCACAUGGUUUUGAUACAAAUGGUUACGCGCCUGACAAACUACAUGGGACCGAGUAUGAGU